AUGGAGCCGAUGACGCUCGUAACUGUGGCAACGUUGUGGUCUGAAAACAGCAGCACGUCCCUGCCGUUCAAUCUGUCAGAAUCUCCAGACUCCACAGAAUGGACCGUGACCCUGACCAUCAUUCCCCCGUAUGUCUUCACCAUAUCUCUGCUGGGGCUUCUUUUUAACAGCUUUGUCCUGGGAGUGUUUGUAGCCCACAAGGAUCGACUGACUGUAGCAGAGAUCUAUCUGAGCAACCUGGCACUGGCUGAUUUUGUUCUUUUGUGCAGCCUCCCUUUCUGGGCAAUGAACAUCCUCAACGAGUUUCAAUGGCCAUAUGGAAAUGCUUUGUGCAAAAUUGUCAACUCCGCCAUCAUCAUCAAUUUCUACACCAGCAUCUACACCCUGAUGAUGAUCAGCAUCGACCGCUACUUAGCACUGGUAAAGACCAUGAAGGCCAGGUGGCUGAGACGGACGCUUUACGCCAAGGUGAACUGCUGCAUCCUGUGGAUAUUAGGGUUCCUGCUGAGCACACCAACCAUAGUUCACAGAAAGGUUAAGUUCUAUGAGGAGUACGGCAUUACAGCAUGUGUACUGGAUUACGAUCAUGGCAGUUCUUGGAAGCUGGCCCAUCAGAUACUGAUGAACCUGGCGGGCUUUGUGCUCCCUGUUCUCGUCAUUGUUUUCAGCAGUGGGAAUAUAAUCAAAGCUUUAAGUCAGAGGACAGAGAGCAUAGGGUUUCACGACGCCAAUGACACAAAGGCCACUGUUUUGGUGUACGCUGUCACACUGCUGUUUCUAUUUUGUUGGGGUCCCUUCCAGGUAUUCACCUUCCUUGACAUACUCUGUGAUUUUAAAGUGCUGGAUGAGACACUGUGGUCUCACACUCUUGACAUAGGAGGACAGGUCUCAGUGUAUCUGGCCUUUCUUAACAGUACCGUCAACCCUUUGCUGUAUGUCUUCUCUGGACAGUACUUUAGAAAGAAGGUUAGCGCCAUCUACAGAAGGAAUCAAUAUCAACGCAGAGGAUCGGACAUGACCACUUACCAGCGUUCGUUGGUGUCCACUUAUAUGAACAGAACAGAACAAAUUAAGCCCGUGGUCAUUUUUAAUCCAAAGGAGCAAAUAUGACCCUCACUGAUGACAUCCACUUCCUUUGCGGCUUAUGGAUAAAGUGAUGCAAUAUCGAGGACAUGACCAUCAAAACUGCUGCUUCAUGAGAUUUAACACAAUUAUAAUGCUGUUAUAUAGUUAAAAAGCACUAUCAGAGGAUCUAUAAUAACAUCAUUGGAAGAAAUAAUAGACACAAAUAUACAUAAUGGACGUAAUGUCUGGGAGGAUUGGAAGCAUAUUUUAUGCGUACAGUUUCCAUAUUGACACUUAUGUCUUGUGUUGUGGACAAUGAGUCUGAAUAUGCAUUUACAUUUGUUUCUUUGGUCUGUUACGUUGCUGCUGUCUUGUGAUGUUUUACAGUUUAAUGUUCAUCUAAUGUUUAAUGUACA